ACGAAAUUAUACAUGUAUAUGAUCUGGUUAUCUCCCCCGGAUUGUAUCUCGAAAAGUGUGAUUGUCAAUUUAUGAUAUAUCAGUUUUACCUGAACAAAAAAAAAAAUCCAAGAUAAAUAGCUUACUUCUACAUUAUGUUUCGUUCUCUAGUUCGUAUCAAUCAACAUCAAAUUCUUAAUAGAACUGUUAAUUUCAGUAAGAGAGGUAUUUCUUAUACCCCAGUAACAAUUACUGAAGUUGUCGGUAAAUGGAAUACAUUAUCACCUGAAGAACAGAGUGACAUUACAAAAAGAAUCGAAGAAUUACAAAAACAAGAUUGGCAAAGACUUUCUCUUGAAGAAAAGAAAGCGGCCUAUUAUAUUUCUUUUGGGAAUUAUGGACCAAGAGAAUUUUAUGAGUCACGCCAUACUGGCAAAAUAAUUGCAGGAGUUACUGGAUUACUUAUCGUUAGUGGUGGAUUUUUUUUUAUGACAAAGAAAGCUGUAACUGAACAUCCAAAAACUCUUAAUAAAGAAUGGGAAGAAGCUACUAAUGAAAGAAUGCGCCAACAAAAGGCUAACCCUAUAACUGGUAUUUCAUCCGAAGGAUAUAAAGGUAAAGGAUAUGUUGUUUCCGAUUAAAAAAAAAGGUUGUAUCAUUUGAAUCGCUCAAAAAAGAAAAAAAAAUUAUUAUCUUUUUUAGUAAUUGUAGUAUAUAAGCUUUUUUAAUGUUAAAAGUAAAAUUAAAUUUAAAUAAAUCUUUUUUUUAGCCAAAUAAACAAAUAUAAAUUCCAUAUAUUUAAUUUUAAACGGUACUAACGAUACUAAGAUAUAAACGUAAAGACUUUAUAUGGAAUUUGUAUAAUGUAAUAUUAAAAACAUAUUAGAAUUACAAGUUACAAUAUGAUUUCUUU